AUGGAUGCUGCCAAAGACUUCUUGGAGAGCACUGAAGAGAGGGCCGAUCUCAAUCAGUAUUGGUUCUCCCCGCUGACCGUGGCCGCCUUCGUGGCCGAGAUCACCGAAGGGGCCACCCCGCCCGCGCGCAGCGCUGCCGCGGCGCUGGUGUCGAGUCCGUCGGUCUACUUCAGCUUGCCGGAGGACACCCGGAAGAACUGCAAGGUCUUGGACUAUGAUCGUCAAUGGGCUUCUGAUCCAGGCUUUGUGUUCUACGACUUCAAUGCACCUGAAGAGUUGCCCCAGGAGCUUCGAGGUGCCUUCGACUUCAUUUUGAUCGAUCCGCCCUUCAUCACACGCGAGGUUUGGGAAAAGUAUGCAAUCACAGCACGCUACUUGGCCUGUGAUGGAGCUCGCUUUCUUUGUACAACGAUUGCAGAGAACGCGAGCAUGAUGUCCGAACUACUUGGACUACAUCCAGUGAAGUUUCGACCAGGAAUCCCCAACCUGGUCUAUCAGUACAGCAUCUACGUGAAUUACCCCUCGCAGCGCCUCGAGGAGUUGAACCCUGAGAUCGACGAAGAAGACUGGCAGGCGGCGAAGCCGGUGGCCGUGGCCUUGUCUGAGCCGGAGCGUCCGCUGGGAACAGGUCAAGGCACACCGCUGGACACAGAGGAAGUGGCUAGCUUUGUCGAGACGCCCGACAUGCGGCUCCUGGCCGAGCUGCGGAGGCAGCUCUUUCACACGAAGCGUGCCUUGGAGGCGAUCCAGGCGCCCCUGCAGAUGGCGCUGCGCCGCAGCUCCAACGGAUCGGCUGGCUCUGGUGGAGGUCAAGCCGCCGGCUCGGCGGCAGCCAAGGUGAAAGAGGUCCACCUGGCAGCCAAGGAGGCGCUCGGCUCGUUGGAUGCCUGGCUCAGCGAACAUCAAGCAGAGGUGGCGAAUGCCAUGGACAACACCAGCGGAACGUCGCCCUCUGCUGCGCGUGAGCACUGGCAUUUGCCAGAACUCGAGUCCCUCCUAGAGACCUUCGAGCUGAGCCCCGACUGGUCUGCGCGCUGCCGCGCUAGCGCGGCCAAGCUGUUCCAGCGCAGCAACCAGGCGCUGCGACGCCCGGCGGGUGGUGUCUUGCAGCGAAGCCUCUGA